UACAUAUCUGUGGGCGAGAGCCAGGAACCGCGGAUAGCGGCUGAUGUGCCUGGGCCGGCGCCUCCGUCUCUAGCAGUCUCACUGUCCCAUCUCUCAUUCCGCCACCUCUUCCCCCCGCCCCUCCUCCGUCUCCCCCUCCUGCGACACUUCACGACGCCCCACGCUGCCCUAGCCCACGCCCUCGCUGCCCAUGGCGGGUCUCCCGCGAAGCUCAGCAGGCAGACCGUUCUCCACCGACCGUCCCUCCUCAGCGCGUCCCUCCACCUCGGGCGCAUACUUCGAUCGCGAUCCACAGUAUACCUUCUCCCAGGAAUACACCAUCGACGAGGACGAAGACGACGAGUCUGAUGCGGAGGAUGUCUUUGCCUUUGGUCCUCCUUCCACCGCCCAGCAGCGGGAGGAAUUCCCUCCAGCUCACUUCCCUGAGAUCCCCUUCGCAGGCUCUGGUUUUCCGGAUACACCGGGUCUUCGAACUACACCCCUAGCCACCACUCCCAUCGCCUUCCCUCCCCCGACCUUUGAUCUCCAUGGCAAGGCAGGCCCGUACAGUCCGAGCUUGCCAGGCCCAAUUCCCGGGCCGUCGACUAUGCACUCGCGGCACCCAUACCCUAUGAGUCCAGUCGAAACGCCUCCCUCAACGGACUCGAAUGGGCACAGCGACGAUGCGUAUCGGCUCCGUCGCCUCAGUCAAGCUCCUGGGGCGCGCAUAUCACUCACCGACGCGAAGGAGAAGUACCGCGAGUCUUUGGCAUCCAAACCGAAGCUCCAAGGGAUCCCGUCGACCGCUGAGUCCAUUGUCAGCUAUGGGAGCAUGCUAGAAGCAGACAGUCAGGAAGGUUCCGUAAAAAUGGACUACGACUUCGAUGAGCAUGAGGAGGAGGAUAGCCCUUACGCCGAAGUGCGCGCGUCGGUAUCAAAUAUCGACGACACAGAGAUGCCUGUCCUCACUGUGCGGCUAUGGAUAGUAGGACUAGGGCUCACCUUCGUUUCUGCAGCGGCGAACGUCUUCUUUUACAUGCGUCAACCAGCACCAUCGAUCACCUCUACUCUCCUUGUUAUCCUCGCACAUCCCCUCGGCAAGCUCCUCGCGUACUGGCUCCCCAUAACGUCCCAUCGACUACCUAGAUGGCUCGGCGGCGGAGAGUGGUCAUUGAAUCCUGGUCCAUGGAACAUCAAAGAGCACGCUCUCGUGUAUAUGAUGGCCAACGUCGCAACCGGCGCGCCAUAUGCGAUUCAGGCGACGAUCUCUAUCGACGUCAACUACGGGCUGAACCUUGGCUACUGGUUCAAUACGGUGCUGAUCCUCGCGACGCAGCUCACAGGCUUCGGGCUUGCUGGACUGUGCAAGCGAUUGUUGGUUUACCCGGCAAGCAUGGUUUGGCCGCAGAACUUGAUCGUGUGCACACUGCUGAAUACCCUGCAUGCGGAGGAAGACGAACCACGAGGAGGUAUCUCGAGAUUUAGGUACUUGGUUUACGUCGGCUCGGCGGCCUUCGUCUUUUACUUCCUGCCAGGCUACCUCUUCACAGCGCUCUCUGUCUUCUCCUGGAUAUGCUGGAUCAAACCUGACAACGUCCGCGUGAACCAGGUGUUCGGUAUAUACUCCGGCAUGGGCCUGAGCUUCUUGACGUUCGACUGGACAGAAAUCAGCUGGAUCACAAGCCCGCUCAUGGUGCCUUGGUGGGCGCAAGUGCAAGUGUUCACCGGAUUCGUCAUUUUUUACUGGAUCAUGACCCCGGCGUUGUACUAUUCAAACACCUGGAACCUUGCCUAUUUCCCUAUGUACUCAUCGCGGUUGUUCGACAAGUACGGAAAUGACUACAACGUGUCGAUGGUGCUCACAGACGAGAAGAAGUUCAACGUGACCGCAUACGAGGACUACUCGCCGCUAUACCUCCCUGCGGCUUACUCCAUGGCGUACCUUAUGGCGUUUGCCCUUGCGACCUGCGUCAUUGUACACACCAUCCUCUUUCAUGGACGCGCCAUCUUGAACGGCUUCAGGAGAAUACAGGUGGAGAAGGAGGACAUCCAUGCCAAAUUGAUGAAGGCGUACCCGGAGGUGCCGAUGUGGUGGUACUUACUCGUUCUCGUCGUCUUCUUCAGUCUGGCCAUUGUGGCGGUCGAGGUUUGGGAUACAGAUGCGCCAGUGUGGUUCAUUUUACUGGCGCUACUGAUACCUGUGGUAUACAUUAUCCCCUCCGGAUAUGUUUAUUCGAUCACUGGGCAAGUUAUAUCAAUCAACAUCAUAGCGCAAAUCGUUCCCGGGACGAUCCUGACCGGCCAGCCUGUUCCGAAUAUGAUCUUCAAGUCUUACACGCUGCAGACGCUCUCCGAGGGCACACGCUUCGUGCAAGAUAUGAAACUCGGUCACUACGUCAAGGUCCCUCCGCGAGCUACGUUCGUCGUGCAGCUGACGUCAACGUUCAUGGUGGCCUUCAUCCAGUGUGGAAUGCAGCAAUGGAUAUUCGACAAAGUGCCAGACAUCUGUUCGCAGCGCCAGAAGUACGAUCUGACGUGUCCACACAACGAGGUCUUCUAUGAGGCGUCCGUGUUGUGGGGUGUCAUCGGACCGAAGCGACAAUUCGGCACUGGAUCGCCGUACCACCCGGAGUUGUAUGCUCUCAUCAUCGGUGCCAUCCUACCUAUUCCGUUCUGGCUUUGGCAGCGUCGGUUCCCCAGUUCCUGGGUGCGGUACGUCAAUACGCCCCUCGUUCUCAACGGGAUUUCGGCUAUCCCCCCUGCGACGGGCAUCAACUAUUCAUCCUGGUUCCUGGUUGGCUUGAUCUUCCAAUAUGUCAUACGGCGGAAGAACUUCGCUUGGUGGAGCAAGUUCAACUACGUGACGAGUGCGGCAUUGGAUAGUGGAACGGUGAUAUCAUUGCUUUUCAUUUUCUUCACGCUGGAGUUCCCUAGCGGCGGUCACUACUUGAGCUGGUGGGGAAAUGACGUUUGGAAGCGAACCGUCGAUUUUACCGGUGCGACGCUCAAGACUCCACCACUCACUGGCAUACCCAGUACCACUUAGUGCUUCUUAAACGUCCCCACUUCGCGCGGGCAUGUAGCCAGUCCGACCAGCCUCAUUGUUUCAUAGGCUGCGCUCGCAGCCACUCCUUCGCAUUACCCCCUAUACGUCCUCGGCGCGCACACCCACACCACCACGUCAUUAUACAUUCGUAUCUAUCCCGUGUAUACUCAGCCCAAAGUGUACACUGUACUCUCCGACGUCGCCUCCCCUGUCUGCGGUUGCUCCCGAUCUCACGCAUUUGUCUCUGUGGUCUAGAUUAGCG